AUGCCUCCGGACGGGUAUAUAGGAGUGUGUUCUAUUGAGGAUACAGAUUUCAAUGGCAUUGCGCGGGACAUCAGCAAAAAAGUUCGACAUUCUUCCGAUUUGAAAGUGACGAGCACUGACCUUCAGGACUAUUUCCGAACAUUGGUCACAUUACUCAGUGAUUCACGAGUUCUAUUGCACGAUAGUGGUGCACAAGAUGCAGUCAGAAAAUUAAAUCAGUUAGAAAAUGAUCCCCUUAACAUUUCUGAAUCGGACGCAUGCCAGUUAUUAAAAGAUAUACUGCGGAAGGCUGAACAAGCAUCUGAAGAAACAAAGACACAAUUACAAACGGUAGUCAAUGGUUUACAGCAGGAAUUAACAGAGGUGGAACACGUAUUUGAAGAAACAAAGACACAAUUACAAACUCAUAGUGAACAUAUAGAGAUUUUAUACAGUCGUCAAGAUGUUUAUGAAAAGGCAAUUGAACAUAACCAGAUCGACUCCCGUCAUAACAGAGAAGAAACAAACUACGAUCAAAGUGUUCAAGAUUUUCGAGAGCAAUUGAUCAAGCAUUACCAAGAGAAAUAUGGGAAGGUAGCUGUGUCCCCAUUGAUGCCUAAAAAUUUCCGAUCUUUAGAAGAAACAUAUGUAGCCCCCAAAAUACGCCGAAUAGUAACAGAAAGCGAUGGGUCAAGAAAGAAGAAACAUCAAGUCAGUACGUAUAAGGAUUUUCUGCACACGGACAAGGACUCGAAGAAACGGAUAUUUUUACAAGACACCUCAAAGACAAACAUGAUGCCAUUGUCGCAGGAUGCUUUAUGUGAUCUGCAUAAUUUGGAGAGUAUUAAAAUUGACUACAAUUGUAAUGGACUGGAACUAAAUGAAUGUAGUCGUCUUAAGAAGAGUUUAAGGAAUUUAAAACUAUGUAACAGCGUGACACUUGUGCCGCAUUCACUCCGUGAUCUUCGGGAGCUUGAACAACUGGAAUUAUUUUGCAAAUACGACGGGCUGGAUUUGUCAUCAUGUAAGAUGUUGAGGAUACUAAAUCUAUGUAAUACAGUUUCUCUUGUGCCAAAUACUCUUCAUAAUUUGCAAACGCUUGAAUACCUCCAAUUAUCGUGCACAUAUGAAGACCUUGACUUAGCGAUCUACUGGGCUCUAAGUCCACUUCCGGAAACCAUAGCAUACUUUUUCUGCUCACUUCCGGGAGCGAUCUACUGGGCUCUAUGUCCACUUUCGGGGACCAUAGCAUAUAAUUUCUGCUCACUUCCGGAAGCAAUCUACUGGGCUCUAUGUCCACUUUCGGGGACCAUAGCAUAG